AUGAAGAACCAGGACUCAAAAAUACGAAAGAUCUGGACACACCCGAUAACAGAGUACUUGAAGUCUCAAUGGUUCUUCUUCUGCCUGGCAAUUUUAAUUGUUAUUGCAAGGUUUGCCCCAAAUUUUGCAAGGGACGGUGGGCUAAUCAGAGGCCAAUAUAGUAUUGGUUACGGCUGUGUUGCUUGGAUUUUCCUUCAAAGUGGAUUAGGAAUGAAGUCCAAGUCCCUAAUGGCAAAUAUGUUAAAUUGGAGAGCCCAUACCACUAUUCUAAUCUUGAGUUUUUUAAUCACCUCAUCUAUAGUGUAUGGAUUUUGCUGUGCAGUAAAGGCUGCUAAGAAUCCGAAAAUAGAUGACUGGGUACUUAUUGGUCUAAUCUUAACUGCCACUUGUCCGACGACUGUAGCGUCAAACGUCAUUAUGACUACGGAUGCUGGCGGAAAUGAUCUUUUAUGCGUUUGUGAAGUGUUUAUAGGUAAUCUUCUGGGCGCAUUUAUUACUCCUGCAUUGGUCCAAAUGUUUACUGGCCAAGCACCGUUUCAAUACGGCAAUCCUGCUACCGGAAACGGUAUAGGUGCUCUUUAUGGUCGUGUUAUGAAGCAAGUCGGUCUUUCUGUCUUCGUACCCUUGUUUGUGGGGCAAGUUAUUCAAAACGUUUUUCCAAAGUAUACUGCAUAUUAUAUGGGUUUCUUGAAAAAAUACCAUAUCAAGAUUGGAUCCUACAUGCUUUUGUUGAUUAUAUUCAGUUCUUUUUCAACAGCCUUUUAUCAAAAUUCAUUCGCAAGCGUCUCCCAUGUUUGCAUCAUAUUUAUCUGUUUUUUCAAUUUGGGAAUUUACAUUUUCUUCACAGGAUUGUCAUACUUGUGUGCAAGACCUUGGUUUAUCAUCAAGCUUUUUCCACACGAACCCAUUGAUGGCAAAUCUACAAGACUAUACCGUUACUCUUAUAGCCUUUUCAGGCCAUUUUAUUAUUCUAAGGAAGAUGCGAUCUGCAUCAUGUUUUGCGGUCCUGCCAAAACAGCCGCGCUAGGUGUAUCGUUAAUUACAUCGCAAUAUGCCGAUAAAAAAGAACAUUUAGGUAAACUGUUGGUUCCUCUGGUGUUAUAUCAAGCUGAGCAAGUGAUGACUGCAAGCUUAUUCGUCAGUUUGUUCAAAAGAUGGUUACGAAAGGACGACCCAUCAAAUGGAAGUGAGUCUUCCUCUACAAGUGGAAAUGAGGAGCCUGACCUGGAAAAGAAUAUUUCAAUGGAAACUGGUCACAAUAGAACUGUCCCUUCAAAAACGAUUGCAUUUCAAGACUCAAAAUAA